AAACAACCGUAUCCGCCAUUAUUGUUAUUAUCGUCCGGAAUACGAUGGAUUUGAAAGCCGCUUUUCGCACACUAUCGGCCCUUUAAAAACCGAAUAAACGCGAUGGUUUGGUAAGAAUCGACAUCGAAAACGGCAGAAUUGGCAUAAAUUCCGGAAAGAUUGGCAAAAACGGCCGAAAAUCGGCGUUUCCAGCCGUGGACGAGUCAACUGGGACUUGACAGGGGUGUUCGGUAUGAGUAAGCUUUCGUUCCGUACCCGCAAUUUAGACGCUCAGAAACAAAUGGGCGUCUAUAUUCGCGAUGAAAUUCCUGAUAUGGUCGCAGAUUUCGCGGUUAUCAGCCGCGCUGUACCGCAAAUGCCUACUGGCAUGGAAAAAGAAGAGGAAGCGGAGCAUCACCUUCAGAAAGCAUUGUCCGCCCAGCAGAUCCACGGCACGACGGAGAAUCGUGUUAUACCGACGCCCGAAAUACAUGAAAUCCUCGAACGCUAUGAAAAACUAUAUAGAACCGAUUGGAAAUGUCCAAAACAAUAUAUUCAUUUACAAGCAUGGGGGGUAGAUCAAGAAGAGGUUGAUUAUGAUAUGGACGAAGAAGAUGAAACUUGGCUAAGGAAUGAGGUACGGAAGUUCGAUUUGACCAGCGACAAAUUUGAGAGGAUGAUGGAUCGAUUAGAGAACGCCAGUGGACAAGUGGUUGUGAGUCUGAACGAGGCCAAGAUGCUCUUAAAAGAAGAUGAUGAACUAACAAUAGCCGUUUAUGAUUAUUGGCUUAGUAAAAGAUUAGCUAAUCAAGCUCAAACUCUCAUUGCCAAAGUUAAAACAGACAAAAGGGAUGGUACUGGCUCCAGUGAUCCUUAUGUUGCGUUUCGACGGCGAACCGAAAAAAUGCAAACCCGAAAAAAUAGAAAAAAUGACGAAGCGUCGUUUGAGAAAAUGAACAAAUUACGACGAGAUAUAAAGAAAGCUUUGACAAUUAUUGAUUUAGUAAAACGACGGGAAAAGAGUAAAAAAGAGCUUUUAGAGUUUACCAAGGAGGUAUUCGAAAAACGGUACUAUUGCGAGGAUUAUAACGGCGAAUUGGUUGCCGAAGCAAAGAAACAACGAGUGGAAAAACGUCCAAUGUUUAAUUUAACUCAGUCUUACCAGUGGCCUAUUUCUUGGCAAAAUGAAUGGAAUGAGGAAACAACUCAGGCUCCGGCCAGAAAGAAAAGAAAGUACGAGAAGAAGAGGCGUAUUAAUCAUCAUUCUGCAGAGAGAUUACCACAAUAUAAUGAUUAUGACGAUUUCGUUGUAUCAGAAGAAGAGAGUGUUAGCUCUGAGGAAGAGGAGGAGGUUGAUGGUACUUUCUCAUUUAGGAGAAAACCUGGUAGCAAAUAUCUGGCACCAGUUUACGAACCAUGUGAACGAUUUGCUUGGACUGCUCCUGAAGAUGGAGGGGUUGGUGACGAAAGAUUUAGAUUUUCAUUGGUUUCAUUUGAUAAACCGAGAAGGCAUUGUGUUGGCUAUGUAAGGAGGAGAAUUGGCAGAGGCGGCAGGGUGGUAUUCGACAGAGCGAGAACGGAAUGGGACCAAUACUGUAGGAGUAAAGAUAUAGGGAAGGACAUAAAAUCACAUUAUAGCAAUUGUGAACAUCGAAGCGUCCCGACAGCAUCUAUUUCGAACGUGUCCAGUUUUGGAACGCAUAAAGACGAUCUAAUCAAAGCGGAAAGUGCUUCCAGGGAGAAGCAAAUUAACAGCUCGAUUGUUAAAGAUUGUAACGAAUCCGAUAAUCGGUUAACACCGAUUGACAGGGACACCGUGAGAAAUACGAUUGCCUGUUUGAGUGUUCAAAAUAGUCGAACUGCCGCCUUGAAAAUUAACUUAAAUAAGAGAGCGCCUGCAGAAUUGGUCGAAUCGGCUAAUUGUAUCUUUUAG